UUACACGGAGCGAACAUGGCUGCGCCCACAGGACACAGCAAACCAUCAGCUUCGUUUGAGGGUUUUCCGUUCCCAGUGGCCAGCAAACCACCCGAUGACAGCUCUGGUAAAGAACAAGGGCAACCUGGAGAGGUAAAAAAGAAGCCAUGUAGAGCCUGCACGGACUUUAAAUCGUGGAUGAAGCUGCAGAAACAGCAGACGACAGCAGUUGCACAGGAGACCCGUGUUCUAGAAACAGAACAGCAAGAGCCACAGUGUCCACUGGACAGGGAAGAGUUGGGGCGAAGUUCAUGGUCUUUCCUCCAUACCAUGGCAGCGUAUUAUCCAGAUCAGCCGACGUCUGUACAGCAGCAGGAGAUGGGACAGUUCAUCAGCCUCUUUUCCAAGUUCUACCCAUGUGAGGAAUGUGCGGAAGACCUCCGGGGCAGGUUGAAAACCGAUCGGCCGGACACCAGCAACCGCCACGCUCUGUCUCAGUGGCUCUGUCGCCUUCACAACAACGUCAACGUCAGGCUGGGGAAGCCUGAGUUUGACUGCUCACGUGUGGACGAGAGAUGGAAAGACGGAUGGAAGGAUGGUUCCUGCGAUUGA